AUGAGUGAUACCGACUCCGUUACAAUCUCUCUGCUACCUGUAUCCCUCUCCCUCGUCCAUCUUCCCCGUUCCCGCCUCGAGCACUUCACUUCGCACGUUCUUCGCCAGAUUCUUCAACCUAACCCUACCUUCCUCAAUGUCACCUGUAACGAAAUCGAAGUUAGCUUGUUUGCCGAGCACGAUGCCCUCCAAGACUUCCACACCGCCGCAAGGAAGGAUGCGCGAACUAUUCGACGGCGUGAACGCGAUGUCCUGGCCGACAGCCUUCAGUCCUCUCGACGUUCCAGGCGAGUGAAGGAAGACUGGGAACCCAUCGAAGUCACUUCCGAGCGCUGGAAGGUCCUGCAGAUCGACUCUCACUCUGACCGUCUAGACACCUCGGGCGCUAGAGUACACGAGUUGUCCGCACCUAUAGCUGCUGCCGGAAUUUCCAUAUUCUACCAGUCGUCAUAUAUGUGCGACUUCAUCUUUGUCAAGGAGAGUCGCUUGACCGAAGUUAUGUCACUGCUUGGCUCUGCGGGUUUUGACUUAUAUCUAUCCGACCCUACGAACCUGACGGCGCAAGUCUCCGCGUUUACGUCACCUCUGCUAUCGCCAGAGGUAGGCGACGAAGAAGAGUCCACCAACCCGUUCGAUUUGCAUUCUACCGUCAAUCCAUGUCGGAAAGGCUUUGACACCGACGCUGGGGUGAUAUUUACACGUUCACGAAGCAACACCAAUGGGACAUCGAGCAGCUCGGGCUCCCGUUCGCGCGUCCCCUCGCAGCGGAUGUCGUCGGUUAACGAUAUUCUCGAUCUGGAACGCGCUACCGAGGCGGACCUGAGCGCGUCCCCUGUUGGCACGGAAGGCCGACCCCCACCAGUGCGGUCUGUCUCGCACUCUCCCUCCAUGUGCGACGUGCGCGUACUCUCCCCAGACAUCACCUGCGUCGGGCUUUCUGAUGAUAGCGCUGAGACAUGGGGCCUCAAGAUCGUGAAACUUGUCGCUUUCCCGGAGCUUAUUGUGGGACCAUCCGGUCAGCCGGCUCACGCACGACGAGGACGGCGUGCGUGCGAGGCUUCACCCGUCCUAUCCGCAUUGCCGGAGGAGCAUAUCCAUGUUAUCUCACUAAGCGAGGGAGAAGCGGGCAGCGGGAGCGAUACCACGACCCGCGUCUCGCCCGACUCGCCCAAGAAGGACCCACUGGAUCGCUCCGACUCGCAGUCCCCCGAAUUCGACCUCGAGCAGGAGACGGUCAUCGAUGACGCGGAUGACGCUGACGAGUCGAGUGACGACGACGAUGACAGCGAGCGCGAUGUCCGCCCCAGACUAGCUCACCUCCAGACCGCGUCGACGGUCAAAAUAGGGAACCCUCGUGUCCGCUCGCGCUCUAGCUCCCAGUCGACGUCGUCAAGCAUGUCCUCCUCCUAUUCUCCGCUGGUGCCCUUCUUCUCGUUCACGAGGACGCCUGAAGGGUCUUCUCUUGCUGCGCCUGUGUCCCUUCUGGCUACUCUAUUUCCGGCAAGCGAGAGGCAUAUGGUCAUGUGCAGCCAGGAGCUGGACGUUUUGGACUCGCGCAACGCUUCUCCGGAGCGCUGGGCCGAAGAGGACGAAGGCGCUGCGGAGGACGAGGAUGCGGAUAGCGCGCUUCCCGAACCGGAGGGCAUGCUCAAGUGCCUGCAGAUUGACCUGCGCAAGUUUGGGCUAGAAAAACAUGGGCUGGUGAACCGGUUCUCGAGGACGCUCGAAGAAAACGGGAUCAACCACAUGUAUAGCUCGACGUACAAGACCGCGAACCUCCUCGUUGACAAGGCCCAUGCGAACCGCGCACAAGCGCUGCUUCGCUCCAGCUGAAAUGCCUUCGUGACAUCUCCUCUGCCCCCACACAUGCUCUCUUGGAUCACCGGUUCGGAUCGUUUGUCCCUUGGUCAUGUCUCCGAUCAAAAGGCAUCCGGCACUCGCUGUCGAAGCCAGGUCCUCCGACUUGCAUCGCAAUACCCCUUAUCCCUGUACGACAACCCAUGCUCUCACACGUCAGGUCACGAGCUUCAUUAUUUCUCCUGCUGCUACAUUACUACAUCGCAUGCAACCCUGGUAUGUCCCUCCCCUCUCCGAAAACCCUCCCCCUUCUCGUCCGGCGCAUCACAUUCACCCAGC